AUGGAUCCAAACCUCAACGACCCGGACGCCACCGUGAGCUCGACUGGAUCGGGUGCUGCCAGUUCUACAUCGCCGCCUUCUCCACCGCGAGAUGAUCCAGAGCUUGCGGGAAGUUCAAUCGAGUCCUCCCCGGCCGCGGCAGGAACUACGGAGUCUAGACCUCAGUCUCGGCAAGAGGGUCGCGGUUUCCACUCUCACAGCCUUUCGUCCUCGUCCGCCCUUUCCCUCCACAAAGCCAAGCACGUCGAGCCUGGCACCACCGUGGCCCACGCAGAAAGAGCGGACGUCUCUCCCCGCGGGUCUACUGAUCCCUCCCUGCGCAGCGCCCGCACCUCCAUAUCCGAGGGCCCCGUCAGCAACCGGAUGAGCAUUAGCUCUUUGUACAGCCUCGCAUCGGCCCGUGGCGUUCCCAGCUCGGCAGCAUCAGCCAACGGAAGCGAUAACGGCAGCGUGACUGGCGCCCAAAUCCAUCGACCAGCAUCUGGCAUCAUGGCAUCGGGUGGGGGGUCUAAGAAUCCUGCCACCCCGCAACCCGAAUCUAAAGGGCCCAACAUGACGGUCACAACAGGCAGCCAGGGGUUGCAGGGAGGACAGCUCCCAAUACGUGAGUCACAGGUGCAAAAUCCGGGAGAUGCGGCCAAGAAGCCGCAUCAGGGACAACAGCAACAGACCGGAACCAGCCCCACGCCGCGCUCACAGCCCACAAGGUCUAGGAGCCGGGCCAAGCGCAGGUUCAGCGGGAGCACCGGGGCUAGUAGCCACCACAGCCCGAGCGGUGACCGCGCCCUGACACACCGGCCAGAGAAAGAAGAGCAUAAGCCUGCCCCGCUAGGUGUUAUUGGCGUGUGCGCUUUGGAUGUCAAGGCGAGAAGCAAGCCCAGCAGAAAUAUCCUCAACCGGCUCAUCCAAAACCGAGAAUUUGACGUCUGUGUCUUUGGAGACAAGGUUAUCCUCGACGAGGAUAUUGAAAAUUGGCCUAUAUGCGGCAUCACAUUCGAGCCGUUUGACUCGGAAUCGGAAAAGGCCAAAUGGGCCUCCCCUCGAAAGGUGGAGCUACUCGACGGCGGCGAUAUCCUCUCCGUCGACGGAACCUUGAUCAAGAAACCCUUUGUCGAGAAACCAACCAGCGGCGAGGACCACAACAUCAUUAUCUACUUCCCCUCGUCUGCUGGUGGCGGCGCCCGCAAGUUGUUCCGCAAAAUCGGCAACAAGAGCAGCGAGUAUGUCGAGGGUCUAAACGUCCCUCGCGCCAUCACCCAGCCGGAAGACAGCUUCAUCUAUGAGCGCUUUAUGCAAGUGGACAACGCUGAAGAUGUCAAAGCAUACACAGUUGGCCCGGCUUACUGCCAUGCUGAGACGAGGAAGUCGCCUGUAGUAGAUGGCGUCGUCCGCCGCAAUACCCACGGUAAAGAGGUGCGUUACGUGACUGCUUUGAGUACCGAAGAAAAGGAGGUCGCCAGCAAAAUCAGCACCGCCUUUGGUCAGCGCGUGUGCGGCUUCGAUUUCUUGCGCGCCGGUGGCAAGAGCUACGUUAUUGAUGUGAACGGAUGGAGUUUCGUCAAGGACAACGAUGACUACUACAACCACUGCGCCAACAUUCUCAAGGACAUGUUUAUCAAGGAGAAGCAGCGCAGAGAUGGGCGAACACCGCCCAUGCCUUCGCCCGUGAUCUCCGACGUGGAUCCGAUGUCGGUUCGCUUGAACCAGCCGAACAAGGAGCGGGACCUUGCCUCCCAGGGUCGGCCAAGCGUGGAUAGGUCGGCGCGCGAGUCGCUUGUCGAGCCACCCCCACCAACGAAGCCCGACUCUAAGCAGAGCAGUAUGCCUGCCAGUCCGUUAGCCAGUCAGUUUGCUGCUGCUUUGCAGGACAGCGUCCCGUCUGCCGCACCGUCGAUCAAGUCCGCUUCGCCGUCCAUUCUGCCGGAGGCGGCGGUCGAGGACGAGCAGGAGCCGCCGCCACCGCCUCCUCCCAAGCCCAGCUGGAAGCUCAAGGGAGUAGUGUCAGUCAUCCGACACGCAGACCGCACGCCCAAACAAAAGUACAAGUUCACCUUCCACACGGCCCCCUUUAUCGAACUGCUCAGGGGUCACCAGGAAGAAGUUUUGCUUAUUGGUGAGCCGGCGCUGGCCAGCGUGAUUGAUGCUGUAGACCUGGCCAUGAAAGCCGGCGUCGAAGAUCCCGCUAAACUCAGGGCUCUCCGCAACGUCCUCAUUAAGAAGGGCAGCUGGGCCGGUACUAAGGUGCAAAUCAAGCCCAUGUUCCGAAAAAAGGCCGACGCAAAGGGUACGAAACCCCAAAAGGAGCAAAAGGAACAUAAGGAGCAAAAGGAUGCCAUCAAGGAAGAGGAGCCGUUUAUCCAAACCGACGACGAUACCGAGAAACAAGGCAACGAAUCGACAUCCCGCAAGCCGCCCCGGAGGACAGACUCGCUCUCAGGGGUGACCAUGUCCAAAUUUACAGCCGCCGAGGAGAGCCUCGUUCUCGACAAGCUGCAGCUGAUCGUCAAGUGGGGCGGCGAGCCGACGCACUCUGCGCGGUACCAAUCCCAAGAACUGGGCGAGAACAUGCGCGGUGACCUAGGUCUGAUGAACCGCGAGGUGCUCGACGAAGUGCACGUCUUCAGCAGCAGCGAGCGCCGCGUCGUGACCAGUGCACAGAUCUGGGCGGCCAGUUUCCUUAAGAAGAAGGAUGUGCCUGAGGAUUUUGUGACCAUCCGGAAGGACCUGCUCGAUGACUCCAACGCUGCCAAGGACGAGAUGGACAAGGUCAAGAAGAAGCUCAAGGGGCUGCUGCGCAAGGGCAACGAGCGCCCACCGCAGUUUGCUUGGCCCGAGAACAUGCCCGAGCCGUCCGAGGUGCAGACAAGGGUUGUCCAACUGAUGAACUUCCACCGUAAAGUGAUGUAUCACAACUAUGCGAAGCUGUACAGCGGCGCCGUGAACUCGCUUAAUGCCAUCAGCAACCCCAGCCCGGAGAAGGGCCUCAACGAGGGAGGAUCGUCGGCCGUGUCGGUGUCGUCUCUUGCCUCGGCUGGUUCGCUGUCGCAGGCUAACUCGGUUAACAGCAUACAGGCGCGCUGGUGUUGCGGCGAGGACGCGGAGCUUUUCAAAGAGCGGUGGGAGAAGCUGUUUGCCGAGUUCUGCGACGGUGAGAAGGUUGACCCCAGCAAGAUAUCAGAACUGUACGAUACCAUGAAGUUUGACGCCCUGCACAACCGGCAGUUUCUCGAGUGGGUGUUCACGCCGCCCAAGGGCAUGCUAGAGGAGGAGUAUGGUAUCUCGCUAAACGGGAAGGAGGGCGGAAAGUCGUCGUCGUCCGGCUCCAAGGACAACGAGGAAAACAAGGGCGAGGAUAAAUCUGCGUCGUCGGGCACCUUGACCGAGAAGAUCGAAAACUCGGGCCACAAGGCGGUCCGGCGCAUCUUCCGCCGCCGGUCAUUCCUCAACGGGUUGCGCAGCGGUGGGGAGGCAGAGCUACCUGAGAAGUACUUCCACCUGUACCGUGGCAACAGCCAGACCAAAGCGAAGACGGACGCGCGCUUCGAACCGCUGCGGGAGUUGUACCAGUUGGCCAAGGUGCUUUUCGACUUCAUCUGUCCACAAGAAUACGGGAUUUCCGACAGCGAAAAACUCGAAAUCGGUCUCUUGACUUCGCUCCCGCUGUUGAAGGAGAUUGUGGAGGACCUCGAAGACAUGCAGGCUUCGGAGGAGGCCAAGUGCUUCAUCUACUUCACCAAGGAGUCGCACAUUUACACGUUGCUCAACUGCAUCCUCGAGGGCGGGCUCGAGACAAAGAUCAAGCGGGCCACGAUCCCCGAGCUCGACUACCUCUCGCAGAUCUCGUUUGAGCUGUAUGAGAUGCCCGCCAAUCCGCCCGUGGACGCUGAAGGCACUCCGGCGUUCAAUUACAGCAUCAAGAUCACCAUCAGCCCGGGCUGCCACGUAUUCGAUCCUCUUGACGUCCAGCUGGAUAGUAGGCACUGCAUAGGGUGUGCGCCACGCCGGAGCCUGACGGCCCAUGCCGACUGGAAGGUGGUGAUUGAGACGCUGAGGGCCAAAUUUCACCAAGUGAAAUUGCCCAAGACGUUCCUGGCCGUCAACCUAUCGGAUGCGUUCACGUUCCAGGAAAAACAGCAUCAGAACGAUAAUGAGGCACUCGAGAUGAAGCCCAUCGCGCAUGGAGAGCUGACCGGGCUUGUUGAGCCGGGCGAGCCAGUCGAGCCAGUCACAGACUCCGCCACCGGAGAGGUGGUUUUUGACACGCCUGCACCCGUUCAGCCAACCGCGGAAGCACCUGUUGAUGAUACACCACCCACCACGGUUGCCACCACGGACAUCCCAGCUCCCGAAACGGUCACGCUAGACACACCAACGGGGGAGGCCGUGGGUGGAGCCGGCGGCAAGAAACAGCUGGACUAA